GGGAAAUCCUUUACUAUGCAAGGCCUGCCAGAUCCUUCUACCCAGAGAGGCAUCAUCCCCAGAGCAUUUGAACAUAUUUUUGAAAGUGUCCAGUGUGCUGAGAACACCAAAUUCUUGGUCCGAGCUUCCUACUUAGAGAUCUAUAAUGAGGAUAUCCGAGACCUGUUGGGCGCUGACACCAAGCAAAAGCUGGAGCUGAAGGAGCACCCAGAGAAGGGCGUCUACGUGAAGGGACUGUCCAUGCACACAGUCCACAGCGUGGCCCAGUGCGAGCGUAUCAUGGAGAUGGGCUGGAAGAACCGGUCAGUGGGCUACACUCUAAUGAACAAGGAUUCGUCACGCUCUCACUCCAUCUUCACCAUCAGCAUCGAGAUCUAUGCUGUGGAUGAGCGAGGCAAAGACCACCUUCGGGCAGGGAAGUUGAAUCUAGUUGACCUGGCAGGUAGUGAAAGGCAGUCGAAAACAGGAGCCACAGGGGAACGGCUCAAGGAGGCCACAAAAAUCAACCUCUCUCUGUCGGCUUUGGGCAAUGUCAUUUCUGCCCUGGUGGAUGGCCGUUGCAAACACAUCCCCUACCGAGACUCGAAGCUCACCCGGCUGCUGCAGGACUCCUUGGGGGGCAACACCAAGACCCUCAUGGUGGCCUGCCUGUCCCCUGCCGACAAUAACUACGAUGAGACCCUCAGCACCCUGAGGUAUGCCAACAGAGCCAAGAACAUUAAGAACAAGCCUCGCAUCAAUGAGGAUCCCAAGGAUGCCCUCCUAAGGGAGUACCAGGAGGAGAUCAAGAAAUUGAAGGCCAUCUUGGCUCAAACAGUGAACUCAAACAACUUGUCAGCUUUGUUGUCGAACCAGCUGUUUGGUAAACCCUCAAAACAGGAAGAGAAGCCAGCUCCUGUACCACCUCCUCAGCCAGAUAUUGAGGCCGAGAAGCAAUUGAUUCGAGAGGAGUAUGAGGGAAAGCUGGCCCGGCUAAGGGCUGAUUAUGAAGCAGAACAGGAGUCAAGAGCCAAGCUGGAAGAGGACAUCACUGCCAUGCGCAAUUCUUAUGAUGUGAAGUUGUCCACCUUGGAAGAGAACCUCAGGAAGGAGACUGAGGCAACCCAGAAGGCCGAGGCACUGUCCAAAGCUGAAGCCCUGCUCAAAGCUGAGGCCUUGUCCAAGAUUGAGGCCCUGUCCAAGGCUGAGGCCCAGUCCAAGGCUGAGGCCCAGUCCAAUGCUGAGGCCCUGUUUAGGGCUGAGGCCAUGUAUAAGGCUGAGCUCAUGUCCAGGGCUGAGGCCCAGGCCAAGGCUGAGGCCAUGCUAAAGACUGAAGCCUCUCUCAAGAGCGAAGAACUCCUAAAAUCCGAAAGCCAGCCAGAAGUCCCCCUUGAGAUCUCCCCUGAGAUCUCAUUGUUGGAGGUAUCUGACCAGACUGAGCCUCCCUUGGAGUCUGAGGCCCCCCUCCUGCCUGAGGCCCCCUUCCUGCCUGAAGAACCCCCCAAGGAAGAUGCCACAUUUAUGCCUGAGGAGCCCUUUCCUUCGGAUGCCCCUACUGCACUGGAAGCCCUGCUGCAGCCAAGUGAAAUCCUUGUAUCUGAUACUCCAGUCAAGCCUGAUGAGUUGCCCAAGGAUGAACUCUUACCCAAGUCUGAAGCCCUCUUCCAGGGUGAAACUAUGGCUGAGGAGACCGUGGAGCCAUCCCUGGAACAGGCAUUUGUGGAGCUGCAACCUCUUAUGUUAGACAUAUCUUCAGAAGCCAAGCAGAUCUCGGGACAGCUGGCCAUUUUUGAUGAGCUGGAGGUAAAGCUGUCCAAGAUGCCUCCUGGGUCUACCAAGAUUGAUAUAUCAGAAAUUCCACUGCAGUAUUCCAUGUCAGAACUGCUGCCACCAAGUGAUAUGAAGCCUGAAGACUUUCCUACCACUGAGGCCAAAAGUGAGGCUGAACAGCCACCAGUCCCCAAGAAAGAGAGCAUAGGAGUGGAAGUGGCAGUGGUGACAGAUGAAAUCCCUGCAGCUGUGGACCAGGAACAGGUGCUGGCCAGGUUGCAUAUGCUGGAGCAGCAAGUGGUGGGAGGAGAGCAAGCCAAGAACAAGGAUCUGAAGGAGAAAUUGAAGCGGCGUAAGCGGUAUGCGGAUGAGCGGAAGAAGCAGCUGGUGGCCGCCCUGCAAAAUUCUGAUGAAGAUAGUGGCGACUGGGUGCUCUUGAAUGUCUAUGAUUCCAUUCAGGAGGAAGUGAGAGCCAAGAGCAAACUCCUGGAAAAGAUGCAGAGAAAGCUGCGGGCUGCAGAGGUGGAAAUCAAAGAUUUGCAGUCAGAAUUUGAACUGGAGAAGAUUGAUUAUUUGGCCACCAUCCGCAGGCAAGAGCGAGACUUCAUGCUCUUUCAGCAGCUUCUUGAACAGAUGCAGCCGCUGAUUCGCCGGGACUGUAACUAUAGCAACCUUGAUAAGAUCAAGCGGGAAUCAUGCUGGGAUGAAGAGAAUGGCUUCUGGAAGGUGCCAGAGCCUGUCAUUGUGAAAACCAGUCUCCCUGUAGCAGUUUCAACAUUAUCACAGAAUAAACCCUCCAGAAAAUCCUGUUCAGCUGAGAACGGAGAACCUUUGCAGGAAGAAGAUCGAUACAAGCUGAUGCUGAACAGGAGUGACAGUGAGAAUAUUGCCAGUAACUAUUUCCGAUCUAAACGGGCCAGUCAGAUCCUCAGCACGGAUCCAAUGAAGAGCCUGGCUUACCACAACUCGCCCCCCGGGCUCAACUCCCCUCUGAACAACGCCUCCUCCAUCCUGACACCCAUCCCGCCCCCCCAGCCCACGGACAUGCCCCAGCCUCGGCCCUUCCGCCUCGAGUCCCUGGACAUCCCCUUUGCCAAGGCCAAGCGCAAGAAAAGCAAAAGUAACUUUGGCAACGAGCCCCUCUGAGCACCGCCCCCUGUCCCGCCCCGCCCCGCCCCGCCCUGCCCUGGGUUGGCUGCUCCCUGGCCCUGCCGGGCUGGGCCGCUCUCUGCCUCCCCUCCCUUCCGGCCAGGGGGUGGGAUGGGUGCCCGCUGGCGUAGGCCGGCUCAGCUUGCCCGGCUGCUGGAUGGCAAGGAAAGACUCCUUUGGCUACAUGAUACGGGCACCUCCCGAGUCACUCAAACAGCACUGUUCUCACUCCUUAAAAGGACACAGCAGUAGUUGUUUUCCCGCCCCCUCUCCUCUCUCCCCCAUUUUGUUUGCACCUGCAGCCUGAGUCCCCCGAGCACCUGCCAGCCAGUGUUGAUCCUGACGGACCUUACCGGACCAACCCUCCCCAAACGCACCACCGCCAAGGGUUUUCUGGGGGGCCACCCUCCAGACGGGGGUACCCUAUCCCUUUGCAUGGAUGAGACUGGAAAGAAAUCCCUUUGACCAGAGGGAGGGAGAAGGCUCUUCUUUGGCCUCUCCUGUUGAUUGAGCUUUGGAUUCCUGAUGAGAAAAAUAAAUGGCGCAUACAGAUCAGUGGUGGGACAAGCCCUGGCCUCACCC